AUGGCAGGAAACACUUCGCCUGCGCGGGACCUGUCGUCUCUCAACUAUUCCGCCAAACUCCUUGUCCGCCAAGAUAACUGCGUUGCUUGCAACGGGGGUGAAAGGCUCGUCUGUCCAGCUUGUCCUGCCGGGCAAGUUUGUGGAUUCACUACUCAGAGCUGCACAGAAUGUCCGAAAGCCUUUUGCGACGGCGGCAGCGGCGGCAGUAAGACCAACCCGACCACCAAAAGCCACGACGGCCCCAGUGCCGGCCCGAUCGCUGGCGGUGUUGUCGGUGGGAUCAUUGUCAUUGUCCUCAUCACAUACCUCGUCUGGCGAUUCCUCAUCAAACCAAAGCGAGCCAGCCGCCUCGAUGACCGCCAUACCUCCAUCUACGAAGCCGACAGCACUCCCGCACGGGGCGUUGAGAAGAAUAGCCAGGCGGGCCUUGGCCGCCGUGCCUCGACGCACACCGUACACUCAAUUGCGUCGACCGUCUUAACUCGCGCCUCCAACAUCAUCCAGAUUGCCUACAUUCCCGGAGUCACGAAUCGCGCCACUCCGACCUCGCCAGAUGUUUUGGUGCCCCCCGUCCCUCCCAUCCCUGUCAACCACACAGAGGCUGCCAACGGCUCCGAGCACUUUUUCGUGCCCGGCAAUCUUCGCGACUCGACCUACUCUGGCUUCUCCACGACAUCGGAUAGAACCUCGUACGCCCCACGCUCGAGCAUCGCCUCGACUAUCUACGGCAGACAAGCCGAGGUCCAGACGGCCUCGCAGGCCGGCAUGCGCGCCAAGCCCACCGUCGUCAGCGUCAAGCCGGGCAUCAACGCGCCUCCUGUGCCCGUAAUUGACAUGGAGCGAUUCGCACCGCCCAACCGCCCCGACAGCACAGUCAGCACCUUCAGCGUCGGCGCAACAUAUACGGCCACGCAGGGUCGCGCCCAGGUGGUCAAGGUCGGUGGACUGAAGAAGAUUGACCUUGGCGCCAAGCAAGAAGUCAGCUCCAUAUCCGCCGCAUCGUCCAGCAACUCCCUGGGCAGCAGCAAUGUGAGCUCCGAGGACGUUGGCACCAUCCACAUUGCCCAAGAGGUAGUACCGCGUGUCAAGAGUCCGUUUGCCGACCCUCCUAGCAACACAAGCAAAGCGGCAAAUCUAGCGGCGAUUAGCGAAGAAAAGGGUGAUGGUGACGCUCACAAGACGAGCAAGACAGAUGGGCCUUUUGGCGAUGAACAUGCUACGAAGGAAUAA